CAAUAAUCCUACUAACUCCUAAUUACCAUGGCUAAUUACAAUUUGAUACUUGAUAUUCUAACAACAACUGCUUGCUAGUAGAGGCUUUCAAGGGUUUCCCACCAUGAUCCAUGCCUUUGAUUCAGACUUUGCUUUUGAUAGACCUAGAGGAACGAGGCACUGCCACUUCUGCUCUCAAUAGUGAGGCGAGUGUCAUAUACCAACUCGAUAUUCUGAUAUCAAGUGGAAGUGUUUGCGUUCAAGUAUAUUAAUUGUCAGUAAUGUGAAGUAGUAGAUGUCUAGGUUGAUACCCUCAUGUCAGUUUUAUUGCUUGGUAUAAAUGAGAAGUACUUUUUUGUCAUAUAAAAUGGUAUGAGGCAUGGUAAAUGACGUAUAACAUGCAACGAUUCAUCUGUGUACAAUUCUUUAGCAAAGAACCUGUUGCUUACCAGCCAUGUAGUUUGCCCAUUUAUCCGCCUAGCAAGGAACUGGAUGUGAAAUUGAGAGAUGAAGAAGCAAGAAGACAAAGGGGACUUAGUGGUAAAGGUAAUGGUGCUGAAGGUGCAAGAAAAGUUCGAAAUCGGCCUGGUCGUGCUGUCCCGGCCGCUGAGGCUAAUGCUGAGAUUCCAGCAAACGUAGAUAGAUGGAGGCUUGUGACGCAAGCAAAUGCUAAGCGCAAAAGCGAAAAGUUCCCACCUCCACACCAGGAUGGAGAAGUUGGAGGACGUCGUCUGCUGGAUGAUGGGAUGCCCAAAGCAUCUUUCAGCUCUUCGGUGUUUACUUCAAAUGCAUCAUCGACAUCUACUAAAAGUGCUGGUAGCUCUGGAGGUUCUUCCAGGAGGAGAAACAGCAAGGACGGUAGUGCCCAGAUAGGCCCAUCGAGGAAGUUCAUUCCUCCGUUUAAUGGUUCAACAAUAGGGCUAUCAAUGGAUCUGUUGUUCAAAUGCAAGUCGGAGAAUUUUGGGAGCCGUAGGCAGACAGGUAGGUAGAUAGAUAAAGCGAGGAUUAGCUAUUGCAGUUCUCCCUUCUCGUGCAGGAGGAUUCCUCUGUUAAUUUGCUCAAUUUGGUUUUGUACACCAAUCCGAUAAAGCAUAUUGGUGUCGAAGCUCCCUGAACAAUGCACCAGCACCUAUUGCUUUUGUGAAUAAAUUUUUGGCCUGUACUUAGUUUAUUUAGUUGUACAGUCGUCACUUAUCAAACAUGAAGAAUGCACCAGCAACUUCUCGAGCUUGUGAUAAUAGAGAGACCUUUUGCACAUCACAAAUGAAAGCUAACAAGAUAGGCGAACAGUUCGAUCCUGGAAACUAGUACAGCUAUGCAAAUCAAUCAUUCUGGGGUAU